UCAUUUCGUUUUCAGUUAUUAAUUGAAUUUGUCUGUAGUACACCACCCCAUAUGUUAUUGUUAGAAAAAGAAUAGUACAUUAUUCAAUCAAUACUCGUUUAUUUUAUUUUAUUAUAUAUGUACAUAUACAGUAUUUAUUCCUUUAUAUGAAUGAAAGCUAGAGUUCAUUCAUUAUUUGAAUUGAUAAAAUCUUUCCUUUUUUUAUAGUUUGAUAUGGAAACUUCGCAGUCUCUCUCGAUUGAGAGUUUUUCGUAUAGUUGGUUAGUAGAUUUGGGGGAUUCUUUUAGAGCUUCAAUGGAUGAUUAUGAAACUGCUUUUAUUGAGAUGGAUCCUGCACUACCUCCGUCAAAGAGGUUUUUUAAUGUGAAUCCACAGGAUUUGAAUUUUAACUUUCCUACAUCAGAUUCAACUCUUGUUCAUGCUGAUGAACUCAUUUCAAACGGCUUGUUGAUGCCUUUGUUCAUCAAGAAGCCGAUGAAGAUGGAGUCGGAUUACGAUGUAACUGAAUCCGACUCCAUCGUGAAUUCUCCGGCAUGUUCUGCUGCUGCGCAGCAGGAGGAUGAGUCGCGUUGUUCGUCCAGGGUGAAUCGUUGUGUGUCGUUGAGGAGAUGCCGGAGUUUGUCGAGGAGGAUUUUGGUGAAGUAUUUUGAUUUUCUUAGGCCAUUUUGCCAGAAAAUAAGAAGGUGCAGUAGAAUUGGUAGAUGCAGAUCAAGUAGUGGAAAGGAAGUGAUGAAGAAAUGGGAAUAUUGUUCAGCAGCAACAUCUCCAAGGAUAAGUGUAGCUUAUUCUGUUGAUAAUUGGCGUAGAUCUUGUGAUUCUGAAAGCUCUAUUUAUGAAGCUGUUUUACAUUGCAAAAGAAAUCAUUAAUGGUAAAUGGAGAAAAUGAGAAGGAGGUCUAAAGAAGUUCACACAUGUGACUGAAUUGCUAUUUCUCUUAUCUUCAAGAAUGGGAUUGUGAAUUUUUUGUCUUCUUGAAGGAAGUGGAAAAAGCUUGUAAGGGACUGUGUCAGCCAUGAGAAAAAUAUUCUUUGGAAUUUUUGAAGAUAUGAUAUUAUCUUCAUCAUCACUCGUAUUAUUUUAAUUUUUUGUCUUUUUUUUUCCUGCACAAUUUCAACUAGGAAAUUGUCUUGCUUCUGUGAUUUGUAUAAAGUUUUUAUGGGAAUAAUAAUAAUAAUAAUAAUAAUAAUAUUUCAGAAUUAAUA